AUGCCCCGCGAUCCCUCCACCGACCGCGAAGCCCGCGGGGAACGUCGCAGGAGCACCCACCACGGACACCACCGCAACCGCUCCUCCGCCAAACACGACCGAGAUGGAGAUCGAGAUCGCGAAACUGACGCCGAAAGGGAGGAACGUCGUCGCAAGCGCAGGAGUCAAAGUAGACGACCCACCAGCACGCCACGUGGGGCAGGAGGAGAAAAUGAAUCCGAUGCGCCAUCUUCCUCCCAGGGACUAUCAGCAGCGGCAUUGGCGCAGUUGAAUAAAGCCAAUGCGAAAGACAAGGCAAAGUCGCGAUCGCGACCUACUUCGCGGCAGCCGGAGCAGAGGAGGAGGUCAUCACGCACCCCGGCACCAGAACCGGAAAUUAGAGACGCGAGGGAUUUGGCGUUGGAGUGGGAGAGGUCGAGAGGGAAAGGAAGAUUUGCGCCGCCGGAAGACAGCGAGGAUGCUGAGCGAGAGGCAAGGAGGGCUGCCAGGCGAGCAGCGAGGACGAGGGAAAGGAGCAGAGCUGCUGGUUAUGAGAGUGUUAGGCAGGGAGGCUAUGAGAGCGGUGAGCCGCCUGAACGGGAAAGGAGGAGGGGGCGGAAGGGGUACGAAAAGGUUGAUGGGGGAGGAGGGGGGCUGGCUCCCAAGGUGAUCACCGUAGCGGGACCCUCCGGCGAACGAUACGAGCGGGACCGCACCACCAAAGGCGGGAGGCGAGUCGUCAGCGGGGCUCAGCUGGAAGAGGGUAUCGAAAAUGUCCAGAGCCGCAAACCGCACCGCUCUGGCCUCCGCGGCGGCGGGUUUAUGGGGAUGAACUUUGGUGUCAGCAGUGAAGACAGCAUGCUCCGCGCGAAACCCCAGGAAACAGAAUCUGAGCUUUGGAGAGGGAAGCCCCGGCCGUGGUACAAGCAGAAGAAGAAGCUCUGGUGGCUGAUUGGAGUUUGCACCGUCCUCUUGAUCAUCAUCAUCAUCGUUGCCGCGGUGGUGGUCCCCAACUCGGGCAAAGACGAAAACAAACGUGACGACGGCAGCGGAGGAGGAGGAGGCGGUGGGAAGAGUAACCUGGGGUCUAUAUCCCCCGACAGCAUCCCCAAAGACGCCCCCUCCUACCUCAACCCCUUCCUCUGGGCCUCCACCGACGACUUCAACCUAACCUACACAGCCGAAACCGUCGGCGACCUCCCCCUCAUGGGGCUGUUCACCUCCUGGGACGACUCCGCCCGCGCAAACGACAAGGUCCCCCCGCUAAACAAACCCUGGGGCGACUACACCAAACGCCCCGCCCGAGGCGUCAACGUAGGCGGCUGGCUGUCACUCGAGCCGUUCAUCACCCCCAGCCUUUUUGACUAUGACUCCCGCUUCGGCAUCGUAGACGAGUACACCCUCUGCUCCUACCUCGCCUCCCGCUGCGCUUCCGUGCUGGAAGCCCACUACGCCAGUUUCGUGACAGAGUCCACCUUCCGCGACAUCGCCGCCGCAGGGCUCGACCACGUCCGCAUCCCCUUUUCCUACUGGGCAGUCCAGACUUACGAAGGCGACCCCUACCUCUUCCGGACCAGCUGGCGGUAUCUCCUCCGCGCGAUCGAAUACUGCCGCAAGUACGGCCUGCGCGUGAACCUCGACCCGCACGGGCUACCAGGGUCGCAGAACGGGUGGAAUCACUCCGGUCGGUUGGGGGCAAUCAACUGGCUAAACGGAACAGAAGGCGACCUCAACGCGAGGCGAUCCCUCGAAUUCCACGACCGGCUCAGUCGAUUUUUCUCCCAGCCUCGCUACCGCAAUGUAAUCUCCCACUACGGCCUCGCCAACGAGCCAAAGAUGACAGAGCUCAGCGUUCCCGCCGUGCUAGAGUGGACAGCCCAAGCCAGUUCCACGAUCCGAAAAAACGGCAUCCCCGAGGACGUCAUUCUCGUCUUUGGGGACGGGUUCAGAGGGCUGGGGAACUGGCAGGGCGAACUUCAGUCCCUCCCCAACGCGGCACUGGAUGUGCAUCAAUAUGUCAUUUUUAACGAAGAACAGAUCGCGUACAACCACUCCCAGAAGAUACGGUUUGCGUGCGAGGGGUGGGCACGGCAGACGAGGGAGAGCAUGGAUAGAUCGACGGGGUUUGGACCUACGCUCGUGGCCGAGUGGAGCCAGGCGGAUACUGACUGCGCGAAGCAUUUGACAAACGUCGGUUGGGGGAACCGCUGGACUGGCACACUCGGGCCGGGGGGGACGAGGCCGAAGGACGUGAGGCCGAGGUGUCCUGCGCUGGACAGGACGUGUAGCUGUGAGGAGGCGAAUGCGGGUCCGGAGAGGUGGAGUGAUGGGUACAAAAGGUUUUUGAGAAUGUUUGCGGAGGCGCAGAUGGAUUCGUUCGAAAAGGGGUGGGGGUGGUUUUAUUGGGUUUGGGAUACGGAGGACGCUAAAAACAGAGCACAAUGGAGCUACAAAAAGGGCAUGGCGGCCGGUGUCCUGCCCCAAAAGGCCUACGAGAGGGAGUUCAACUGCGAUUUGAGCAAGAUUCCUAGCUUUUCCGACUUGCCAGAGACGUACUAG